AUGCUCGACCGCCCAUUCAUCUUCGCGUCCGAAUUAACCUCUGCUUCAUUCGGACCGCUCCUCUUUCCCCGCCAUCUCUCUUCUUUACUAGGUCUCCCUGACGGGGAGACCGGGCCCAAAGGGCCUUCCCUUGGAAUAGGCCGCGCUCAAAAGCGCGGUCGGCGCCAGGCCUCAACGCGGCCCAAGGGUGAACCUCACCUGCUUUGCGGGCGAGGGCCAACUGGCGUGCCCGAUGCUGGGGAGUCUUCGUCGGGCGAAAAGCAAGGAGCAGAAAUACCUCAAGACUGGGUCGCAAGACAUCAAUGUCCUUAA